UUCCUUGAUUAGAAUAGGUUAUUGUAUUAUUUAUUGCAUUGUUCGUAAGAACAAAAUUAUGAAAGAAAUAUUUUUUCCCAACCUUUUCUUUUUUCAUGGUAUCAGAGAUAGGGCUUUUGAAACCCAACUAAACAAUGAUUGACAGCAGAGAUGCUACCUCCUCUGCAAACAUCACCGGCGAUUCAGAGGUUACGUCCGGUGGCAGUACGAAUGAUAACACAAUAUUUCCACUCUCAUCGGAAAAACUAAACGGAAAAAGUUUCCAUGAAUAGGCUCAGUCCAUGAAACUGGUGAUUGAGGGAAAAGGAAAGCUUGGUUACCUUACCGGUGAGCGAAGGAAACCAGAUCCUUCCAACGCCGUAGCCUUGCAAAGAUGGAGGUCUGAAAAUUCCAUGGUCACGGCUUGGCUCGUCAAUUCAAUGCAACCAGCAAUCGGAAAAAUUUAUUUGUUUUUGCCGACGGCGAAGGAGGUCUGGGAAGCCGUACGUGAGACGUACUCCGAUGGCGAAAGUUACUCUCAAAUCUUUGACAUCAAGACCCGAUUGUGGCAGAUGAGGCUAGGCGAGAGAGGGGUUACCGAGUAUUUCAUGGAGAUGAGUCAUCUCUGGCAGGAGCUUGAUCUGAGCAUCGACAAAGAGUGGGAGUGCUCCGGCGAUAGCAUGCGAUACCGAAGAAGGCUCGAAAACGAGAGGGUCUUCGAGUUUCUUGCCGGCCUGAAUUGAGAGCUCGACGACGUGAGGGGACGGAUCCUUGGCCGGCGACCUCUCCCUUCAACCUGAGAAGUUUUUGCAGAGGUCAGGCGGGAGGAGAACAGAAGACGGGUAAUGUUGUGGCCCCAAAAUGAAUCCGCUGGGCUGGACCUAGCUGUACAUGGAUCCGCCCAAAAAUUAGAUGGGCUGCACGCUGGGCCGGAUGCCUCAGCCCUUGCAUUAAAAGGCCCAGGAGGACCAAGUCAACGACCACAAAGAGGAAAAAUAUGGUGUGAACAUUGUCGAAAAAAAGGUCAUUCAAAAAAUACCUGCUGGGAGAUUCAUGGAAAACCGGCAGACUGGAGACCGAGGCAAUACCACAAAAAUCGCGGGUACCAGGCCAACACUGGCGGAUCAACUAAAAGACCACAAGGAGAGAACAAUGAUACCCCAUCCGGCAGUGUCUUCAGUCUUGAACAGUUGGAUCAGUUAUAUAAGAUGUUUUCAUCAAUGCAAACAUCGGGUCAGUCCUCCUCUGGUUCUCUGGCUCUUCGAGACCUAUCAUUGGGGAAGACGAUUGGCACUGCUAAAGCGUAUGAGGGACUCUACUACUUUGAAGAGGCAAGUUUGAGUGAACUAUGUAAUACUGCAAUUUGUGAUUCUGCAUCUACUUCUAAAAAUAGUGAACUUUUGUUAUGGCUUUCACGGAUGGGUCAUCCCAAUUUUCAAUAUUUAAAACGUUUGUUUCCUUCUCUUUAUUCAAAUAAAAUGGCUUCUGAGUUUCAAUGUGAAGAUGUUGCGCAGGAGUUCAAGGUGCAGGCGAUGUUCGUGUUGUACAAGCAAGGGAAGGAAGUGGACAGGGUUAUUGGGGCGAAGAAGGAUGAGCUCGAGAAGAAGAUAGAGCGUUACAGGACUCCGCAAGCUAAAACUCUAAGAGGAUGA